GUCGGCACUCGGCGUCGUUCUUUCGCUUUAUUCGGGCUGAUACUUGAUGUUGAGCAUUUUGAAUUUAAAACAUUGUGUAUAUAUGUAACUUUUAAAAAAUCUUCUCAGUUAAACAAUGGUUUGUUUAUUAAAUUGCUAUCGAUACAUACAGUGAAGAUUUAAAUAGUAUUGUCUAAAAAUGUGUUUGUGUCGUGUUUUGUUCGUAUUUCUGAUUCUGUAUGAUAUUUUCGGGUGGUCGGCCGCUACUGAAACAUGGCGUCCUAUGCACUUGUAUGUUGACGGGAAUGCGAGAAAACAUCGGGCUGUUGGCGAUGGCGGUCUCCGUUUUGAACCAGCGCCGUACAACAAGAAGUUGGAGCUGAAUGGUGUCGGCAAGAUACACUGUAAAGUAGCCGGCGGAGUGGCGCCGGCGGUCCAGUGGUUCAUGAAUGAUGCCGACGCGCUCCCAGAGGGUGUGAGUACAGCGAACGGCACUCUUCUUAUUGCCGAGGCGAAGAGAGAUCACGCUGGACAAUACACAUGCAGGGCCACCGAGGGCGAGACGACGAUCAGUGCCAAGAUUACGCUCGAUGUUGUCGUUUCUCCACGCGUGCUCGAGCCCACAGCUGGGCAACAAGUCCACGUGAGAGUGGGCGAAGACGUGACGUUGAAUUGCCGGGCCAUUGGGGAUCCAUCGCCCACCAUACACUGGGAUAGAAACAGCACCAUAUUGAGCACGCAAAAUGAUGACGUACAGCUGGAAGGUGGGGCGAAUGAAACAACUGCAAGAAUAAUGGUGUGGAACAACGGCACGUUACAAAUACGUAAUGUGACUGAGGAUGAUGCGUAUCACUACGGGUGUACGGCGGGAAGUAUUGCGGGGCUGUCUCGCGCCGAGCUGGAGCUCGUGGUGCAUAAUGGAAACUACUUCCCACCUCAAGAGUCCGGAGGAGUGGCGGGCAAAGCUGUGCUUGUUUCCAUAUCAGUCGCGGGUGCCUAUAUGUUGCUGGUGUUGGCGCUGAUGGUAUACUGCAGGAGGAGACGACUCCAGAGGCGACAGAGAGGUGAAAAAUUGGAGUUAGAAAUGGUCGAGGGUAGAGAGAAGUUGGUGGAAGAGGGAGAGAAGAAAAUACAAAAUGGCGGUCCGCAUAAUGGACGACUUUUGCCGAACGAGAGGGAUAGCGGUGCAGAUAACUCCGAGGUAUCACUAAUGUCCCGAGCUUCGAAGAAGUCCGGGCAAUACGAGCAUCUCUCCGUGCCGAAGUCGCUAAUCACAGAGCAAAUUACUUUGGGUCGCGGAGAAUUCGGCGAGGUGAUGUUGGCGAAGAUAGAUUUGUUGCAGGUGAAGAAACUAAGAAACAAAGACGAGGGGGAAACUGAACCACAAAUUCUACCAAUUUUGGUCAAGGCACUCACUACCAAGGACGAGUGUCAACUGUCUGAGUUUCGCCGCCAGUUGGACCUGUUCAGUCGCGUCCGUCACGACAACAUGUCUCGUCUGAUUGGUUUGUGCAACGAAUCGGAGCCGCAUUACAUGUUGUUGGAGCAUACUGACUGGGGUGACCUCAAAACGUUCCUCAUAGCGACCCGCACAGUGGAAGAAAAUGAAGAGUAUACAGCGCGCGUGGGACAAUCCCACGCUCUGCCUCAGUCUCAGAACACCAUCCCACCGCUGGGCAACCUUCACAGGGUAGUUCUGGCGCAGCAGCUGGCGGGGGCUCUCAACAAGAUCGCCGCUAAGAGGUUGACUCACCGUGACGUGUCUGCUAGAAACUGCCUGAUAACAUCUCAGCUGCAGCUCAAGUUGUCGUUCCCAGCUCUCACAAGGGGUCCCAACUCGCACGAGUAUCAUAAACUGCACGAUCAGGUAAUACCGCUAAGAUGGCUGCCCCAGGAGACGGUGAUGGAAGGAGAUUAUUCGACUAAAUCUGACGUGUACAUGUUUGCGGCCACUAUAUGGGAGAUAUACACAAAGGCCGAAUUGCCGUUCGCUAAACUGAACGACAACUCAGUGCUGGAAAGAAUUAAGAGUGGCACACUCGACUGGACUGUACCGGGUUCGAUGCCCGACAAGCUCGCCGGCUUGCUUAAACGCUGUUGGAACAAAUCACCGACAGACAGACCGCAUUUUAUAGAUCUGUUUAACGAGAUAACAUCAAUCAUAGAUGAAAUGAAAAUGGACAGCAUUUCGCAACAUUCUAAUGAUAUCGAGGAAGAUAAAUAACUUUAAUGCGGCGAUAAUUAUGACACUGAAAUUGUCAGCUAAAAGCACUUGUCCACCGGCGCGGCAGCGAGAAAGCGAUAAACUAUCAAUAUUUUUUCCCUCGAGAAACAUACAACAUAAAGACUCUAUUUGAUUAAAAUAGACACAAUUAGUUAUAGUUGUAGAGUUACAAUAUGCCAGCGUCUAGAGGAACGAAGCGUGCCUGUGAGAAGAACAUCUCGAAAAGGAAAGUAUUAUUACUGUGACUAUGAUUUAAAUUUUGAUUAACAAGUCGUAAACAGUCAUACACGCUUGACUUUAGCUUCUUAGUAUUCCGAAUAUGAAAUGUAGAAGGGGUUGGUAAUUUGAACGCACUUAAAAUUGAAAUAUGUGUAUUUUACAGUUUCCACUUAUAAUUAUUAUUCGAUACCCCUUACAAUUCACAAUAAGUAAUGUUCACUCGAACUUAGCGCUCUGGCUUAUAUAGGGCACGACCCUCUACCGUGAUGAUGCUAGCAACUGUUAAUUUGAUUACAACAGUGCCAACUAACUUACACGAAUCAAAUUAACUAAAGAUCUUAAUAUUAUAUGGUAUUCUAUUUAUUUCUAAUCGUAGUGUUAAUUAUAGUAAAUAGUAUUUAAACAUAAACAGUAGUUAAAUAAAUGUAAUAAUUAAUUGGAAUAUCUUAUGGCAGUUCUUGACGUUGGUAGCGCUUGUUAACACAUCAAGCUGAUAUAAAUCACUAGCUAACGCGGGCAUUGAUUAAUAAAAAUAAGUCACGUGUUAUUGGACUGCCGAGUCGUCUAUAUUCAUUUAGUCAGUAUAUUCUAAGUCUUUGGACAAGAGCCACUCGGCGAAUGGCUCUAAUGCUUCGCGUACGAAAAAACCGAUUUUGUCGGCCGAUGUCGGACAGAACAACUCGGACGUGUAUGUGCUUACACUGCUAUAGUGUACCACUUGUGACUGAGAAAUAUUGGGUAGUAGCAGUAAAUAAAACACGUCCUUACGUAACAAGGUCUAAUUGUGACUAACAAAGUGAAUAUAAUCACUACGUUCUGUGACUAGCGUCCAAGUGUGAUCUAUACAUUAUGCUAUACUACGUAUACCUAUAUGUACGUAUACAUCACAGUAGAUAGACACUUUAGAUAUUGCCGGUAUACUAUAAUACUGCAACGCGUUUGUAAAAUGUAGGAAUUCGAGUUCAUACCACAAUUCAAUUUGUCGACGCAACGAUGACGUGUUUGUGUACGCGCUCUUUUUCUUUAACAGUUGAUUGAUUUCGAUUCGAUUCCGAGUUAGGCCAUUGCAUCGCGUCACUGAUGACGGAUUAGGGGUACGUGAGUCGCUAGGGUUUUAUUUUCUACUACAGCACAAAUAAUCGCCCGCGACGCUCAUACACUCGACACAACCUACAAACUAUCGGAACUAAACUCGCUUCUGCUGCUCGCUCGUUUAUAGCUCUACUCGCCUCCCGUUCUUCGCUGGCGGUGGACAAGUACCUUAAUUUUAAUAUGACUUUUCGGUCACGGCAAUAUUGUUAUUUUUAUUUGAAGCUGUCAAAUGUUUUUGUGAUAAAACUCUUAAAUUUUUACUAUUCAAUUUUCUUGUAAUAAGUGUCUUAUAAUAAGUGUCGAUUAUAAUUUAUAGAAAUAAUUCUAGAAGAAUUAAUUAUUUAGAUUACAUUAGGACAUAGUGAAUAGAGUGGGUUUUUGAUAUAUUUGGCGUAACUUACGUAUGUCUUUUCGGGUAGAUAAUUCUUAUUAUUUAUAUGACUAAAAUCUCAUGUCUACAUCAACGAACAACGAAUGUAUGUAUAUUUUAAGUAUAAUUACUUACACGUAAUAUAUAAAGUAGGUUUUGUAUGAGUAUUCUUUAUUACCGCGUUGUAUAAGUUUUAGCUUUACAUCUGCGAAAACAGCGAAAGAUGUUUGAUUAAUUAAAACCAUAAUGUGUUUAACUUAAGGAAACUGUAAGACUUGUAUUUUAAAUCAUUUUUUAUGAACUCUUUAGACGUGUUUUUGAUGAUGCAUUUGCAUCGAAUAAACGGCCUGAUGGGUGAAAAACCUUUGUAAUAAAGAAUCUCAUUAAGUUAAAUGUUAUUUAAUAAGUAAUAUGACUUUCAACUGUCAGCUACGCGAUACUGCCAUUUUGUAAAUAGUAUUAGGAUAUAAGACUGAUGUUUAUUUUUAAUUUUUUAUAACCAGAUUUAUCGUUAAGAGUACUUUGUACAGUCAUCUUCACAAUAAAAGUCACAAAGUAGAUAAAUAUUCAGUGAUUAAUUUCAUUUUCAUGGAAAAAGUUAAGAAAAAAGUUUCACCAGUUUGCACAGGUUGCCGGCUAGAUUAUGGGUACAACAACGGCGCCUUUUCCUGCCGUGAAGCAGAAAUGCGUAAGCAUUCUUGUUUUUCGGUCUGAAGGGCGUCGUAGCUAGUGAAAUUACUGGCCAAAUAGGUGAGGAGCGCAAUUGUAGUGCCACUUAGAAUGUUUCGGUAUUUCAGGAAUCCUGAGCGGCACUGCAGUAUUAUGGGCAGGGCGUAUCAAUUACCAUCAUCGUAACGUCCUGCUCGUCUUGACCCUUAUUGUCCUAUACAGUAGCACUAUGUAUAGGUGGAACGUUGUACCAGUCUCCUCGUGAUUUGGUUUGAAGAGUUAGUGAUACAAGAUCGUAGGACUUCGACCUUCUCCUGAAUAUCUUGUGCAGCACAGCAUUGCAAUGGACCGAGCAUAUUAUCUACCCUUAUAUUAUGUUAAAGCAUUGCUCAUCACGUGAUAAAAAACACCCCCGUUUCAAAAAUAAAUAUUGAUUUUUCUGAAAUACUUCGUGAUGUAUAAACUUAGUGUGUGCGUUCUUAAACACAAAAAAAAAUAUCUAAAUGAUAAUUAAGAUACUUCGAUCGAUAUCGUCCAAAAUUUGUAAUCGUUCGUCCUAUUCGACAUUAAAUUUAUAUAUAUACAGUAUUAGACUGUGAAAUGUUUAUUCGGCGUCUGCUAAAUUAUCUUUAGGCUUUGUAUAUUCUUAUGGUCUGCGAUAAAAUUGUGCCAAGCAGCUGUAUUUUCUUGGCUGACUGUACUUCUUUUUUUAAAUUGUCUAGUUUUAAGAUUUGUACAUUAAGUGUUGCCAGGUAAUGCAUUUAUAGAUUAUUAAAUAAUAAUUAUAAGCUGUCGCAGGUUCGAUUUAGCCAACGGGCAACGUGCAAAGGCUGACCUAUAUUAUUAAAGUACAGUCUUUUUAUUAUUUUUCGCCAAUAUGAUUUACCAUGAGGUAAAUAAUUUAAAGACAUGGUUUCCCUUAUUCAUUAAUAUUGGUUAUUAAUAAGAGAAAUAAAACUAGUGACUCCCAAUAAUAGCGAACACAUACUGUGAGCAUUCGCUGACAUGAAUUUUUCUUAGAUGUUCUUAUAGAAGGGGUGGCGGUGAAUUUUUACCAGGUAAUAGUCAAGAUGUUUAAAAAAUCUAUAAGAAUAUUUAGAAUUUCAGAAAAUAGUGAUAAAUAAGUAUGUAUGUAAAACGGUAAUUCUAAAUGUGUUAGCUUCUAGAUGUUGUUACUGUUUAUAUUCAAACAGAAUCUGUCGACAAUAAUGUUUAUUCAUGAUGUAGCCCGGUGACCAAUUGAGUCCAGGUUGUAAACAUCGAAAUUAUAAAGUCUUUUAUGUUAAAGUUACUUAUCAAGGUCAAUUCUAAACGAUGAAUUGAAAGAAGACGUUCCAUAGAAAACUUAACCAAAUUAAAAAGUGUCAAAUUUUUUAUCCAAGUUAAGAUAACAACGGAAAUCCAUAAUUAUACAAAUUAUUAAAGUUUUCUUUAGUGUAAAUUCCGCUUAUAUUUGUCUUCAAUCAAUUCGACAUGUUUCGCCUCUACACGAGGGAUGCCCAGGAGAUGUUGAAUAAAUAGGGUAUAAAAGAGCGGUUUCCGGACUGUAAAUUUUUGUAUAAUUUAUGGAUUUCAAUAUAAGUUCAAGUUCUGACUGUACUUUGAUUAUAACAGUUGAUAACAACGCUAUUUGUCGGAUAAGCUUAGCGGAUUGUAGUUUUAGAAAACGCCAUGUUUUCUCCUCAUCGCUCUAUUUAUCAUUAUAAAGGACUAAGAAGUAAUAGAUUAGACAUUUUACAUUUUCUGUGUACUUUAGAAUUUUAAUACAGUAUUUGUAUUAUUAGCUCAUAGAUUUUUUGUACUGUUUAGGUUAAGGAGAAUAUUGACUUACACGCGAUGCACGCGCGGUACUGAACCUGAACCAAUGCUUUAGUUUUUAAUAAUAAUUAUUUUUAUUUAAUUUGACUGAAGUUGCGUUGCUCGAUUCUUGUGCAAAUAAUAGCAAAAAAUAUCAAACCGUUUACUCACUGAAUUUGUCAUCAAUCAAAGUUGUUUGUCAAAAAAUAAAAAAUUCAAUCACAGCGCUAUUUAACUAUCAAUUUUAUUGUAAAAUAUAACCAAUACAGUACGUUUAAUUUCGUCAAAAUCGAGCACAGAAUACUUAUAAUAAAAAGCUGAAUGCAGUGUAAUUAUUGUAUGUUGUUUGUGUACGUCCUCUAGUUCUAGCAAUUGUUUUUAUUAAGGUCAACCAUUGACAAUUAAAUCAGUGGGGUUCACUAGCCCUAGUUCAUUAAGCUAUUGCCGUUUUUUUAUUACCUAUGUUACUACGAUUGACGUUUGCAUUGACGGCCGCGCGUGUGUUUACCGAAAUGAGUAGGUCACUUAACGCAGCAUAUUCGAAUCACGUUUGUAUUAAAACCUAGUUUGUAAAUAUUUAAAUUAGAUUUAUUUUGAUAUUACCUGGUCCCAAUUCAACGGAUAUAAAAUAAACUUAAAUUCUGUUGAGUUUUUUAGCCAAAUAGCUCUUUAGAUGAAUUAGGUGAAGUUGUAAUGUAAUUAAAGUAUCAAUUAAAUAAUUCUCCUUGCUUAUAACAACCGUCGUUUAUAGUGGUUAAGGGGGUGAGUAAUUACUUUUAUUUCUCAAACUUUUACCAAAGGCUUGGUAAAAUUCACUUAAGCUAUUGGCAAACAGACAGCGAUCCGAAAGAAUCGCCACGUAUUCGGUUUGUUUUCGCUUUUCUAUGUGACUAGAUUCAAACGAUACUAUAAUACAUAAUAAAAUUAAAACGCUUCGCUACUGUUCGCUACUGUCUGUCUGUUUGACAAUAGCUUAAAAGCCACGACGAAUUGUUUUAAUAAUAAGAUUCUGUUUACAGCAAAUUGUACUAGCUGCUAGUAGUACUGGCAUAUAAAAACUGAUUUAUUUAUUUAUUUAAUCAUAAUGAACAGUAGCACUGUGCGUCCUACCUGUAAGAGCGUUUUAAAAUUGUUUCGACAAAGGUACGCAAGCUAUCAUUAUGAGGGAAGACAUUAAUUGACGCCAUUGAGUUAUAUCGUCAAGAAGUAAGACAUACGGCGCCUUUAAGACGCACCAAUGGAAAUACAUUUUUCCAUAUUCCUUAGUGAUAGCAGGAACAUACAUUAUACAUACACACACUUCUAUUCUAUAUACAGUUAUCAUUAUAAUUAUUAAGUCAUGCAUUUCAUAGUUUUAAUUAUAACUCGUGCAUUUAUUUAGGUUAAGCCGAAUAUUGUAACCUUUAGUUUAGUCAAUCUAUUGAAUAGACUGAAUUUUUUACUUUUUUAUUAACUGUAGGUAUUGAUUGAUCUGUAUUGCUAAGAUAAUAAGAUCUAGAUUGCGACAAUCUGCGUUCAACAUAUUGAGGGCCCCUAACAUUAUGUUGCCAAAUGUUAUUAUUAUGUUGGUUAUAAUGUAAUAGCAGCCCGCAGCCGUGCCAAAAAACAUAUUCCUGAUGAAUACGUUCGGUUCGAUUACUCUUUACCUGAAAAUUUCAUGCGAAUUUUGUACAUAAUGAGGAACAUUUCAAAUUGUUGUGUGAACUUUUCUAUUUAUAAAUUGAUGUCGGGCAUUUUCAACCGCUUAAGCCAAAUACCAAAAAUAACAAAGUUUCAUUAUGAGGUCUCCACAAACUGUCUGUAUUAUUAAUAAACGCGAAGUAAAGUUAUUACAAAUUUAAAACUUUAUCUUACCUUCGUCACUACAAAAUAACAUGACAGGGCGAAGUAAUUUUAAACUUGGAGUAACUUUCCAUUGCGUUUAUUAAUAAGACAGUGAAGGUGUGACAAAAUAAAAAUCUCAAACUUGUCGUUUGAAUGUAAAUGUUAUACAUUUAUCUACAUCUAAUCGCCUUAUCAUACCGAUGCUCAAAUGUUGGUCAUACCGUCUUGAAUCUCUGUAUGAAAAUAAUUUUAUAACAGCAACAUAACAUGCAACAUUGUGUGGUGUGACCGAGUGUCGGUAUGUUGUGUUCAGGGUAGUGCAGUUUAGAUCAAAGAUAGAUAUAAAUUAGCUGACCCGACGGAUGUUGUUCUUUUCAUAAUGAAAAAUCUCUUGUGGGUGGAAAUAAUUGCGGCGUAAUAUACGUAAAGUCCGAAAAUUCCUACCAAAGGAGGAUGGCGAGAAUGCAUGUAUUUUGGGACACACUGAAAGAAGUGGCGUACACCAUGGAAACUUCUUAAUAAUUGUAGAACGUAACAAACUAAGAAAAAAGGAAAUCGUAAGUAAGCCUAAAAAUGUGGCAGUAAAAAGAUAGACCUAAAAGUAAAAUAUAACCUAAAAUUAUUAAUCAAUACCUAUCUAUUGUUCAAUAAAUAAUUUGUAUCUUAUGACUAUGCCUAAUUAUUGUCUGCUAAAAGAUAAUGUAAUAUAUAUGUGGAAAGUUGGCCAGCAGCUAAUAAUUGAGCAUUCACGUUUCAUUAUUUUUUCAAGCAGGAAUCGAACAAGAAACGAUAAUAAUCUUAUUUAAAAUUACUGAUUUGAUUAGGUAGCUAUAGAUAGUUUGAUGGUGUCGGAACAUCCAUGUAAAAAAUUACUGUCAUGUCAAAAAAAUGUAGAUGUCAAUUGCGCAGAACGUUUCAUUAGUGCAAGGUGACUUAUUUUUAAAUAAGUUAUAGUAAUUUAUUCUUUUGACUCCCAUAUCUUAGCGCCUAAAUAGUUUUUGCAUAAACAUCUAUGCGAUAUUAACUUAUGUUUAUAAUUAAUAUAAACUUUGGGAUUUGCGAUGCUUCCUUAACUUUUUAAUUAUGUGGGUCCAUUCUUCAUCCUCCUUUCAAGUCUCUACGCCUUAUGGCUCCAGAGAUAUCGUCUGUAUGAGUCAAUAUAUAGGUAUACCUACAAUAUAUCUGUCGCGGAUUGUUGCAAACUUCUACUUAUCGUAUAUUACAAAUGCGCCUGAUUAAUUUGAUUAUUUAGAGUUUUUAAUAAAUAUUUAAUAAUAA